GAAACAAUGUCUAUGUCUAAUGACACCCAGUUCCGUCCUUCUUCAUUCCUUUUGCUGGGCAUCCCAGGGCUAGAAGGUGUGCAUGUCUCGAUUGGAUUCCCCUUUUUCUUUCUGUAUCUUGUUGCACUCUUGGGGAAUGCUACUGUAAUGUUUGUGAUCCAGACUGAGCACAGUCUCCAUGAGCCCAUGUACUACUUCUUGGCCAUGUUGGAUUCUAUCGACCUGGGCUUGUCAACAGCCACCAUCCCCAAAAUGCUGGGCAUCUUCUGGUUUAGCCUCAGGGACACAUCUUUUGAAUGCUGCCUUUCCCAAAUGUUCUUCAUCCACUUUUUCACUGCUAUGGAGAGCAUUGUAUUGGUGGCCAUGGCCUUUGACCGCUACAUUGCCAUUUGUAAACCCCUUCGGUACACGAUGAUCCUCACCAGCAAAAUCAUCGGCAUUAUUGCAGGCAUUGCUAUUCUGCGGAGCCUGUAUAUGGUGGUCCCGCUGGUGUUUCUUCUCCUGAGGCUUCCCUUCUGUGGGCAUCAUAUCAUCCCUCACACCUACUGUGAACACAUGGGCAUUGCCCGUCUGGCCUGUGCCAGCAUCAAAGUGAAUAUUAUGUUUGGUCUUGGCAACAUUUCUCUCUUAUUGUUGGAUGUGCUCCUUAUUAUUGUCUCCUAUGUCAGGAUCCUCUAUGCAGUCUUUCUCCUGCCUUCCUGGGAUGCUCGACUGAAAGCCCUCAAUACGUGUGGCUCCCACAUUGGUGUUAUCUUAGCCUUUUUCAUACCUGCCUUUUUCUCUUUCUUGACACACCGCUUUGGCCACAAUAUUCCCCAAUAUGUUCACAUUUUCUUGGCCAACUUGUAUGUGGUUGUUCCACCAGCUCUCAAUCCUGUAAUCUAUGGGGUCAGGACAAAACAGAUUAGGGAGCGAGUUCUGAGGAUUUUCCUCAGGACAGAUAGAGAGCUGACCAGUCAGAGAUCAUGGAAGAUUAAAAAUUAG